AUGCGCAUGAGGGUGUUGCUUGCUCAAGCUAAAGAGCUCAGCGGCGCGGAUGAUGAGGUGAUCAAGGGAUGGUGGGCUAUGGCAGCGGAAACAGCUGUUUCUCAACACCAGGCGUUGGCUAUGGGUCGGAAGUUUCCAUCAGCGGCUAGAUUUGGUUCGCGGGUGUUUACGAGGAGGAAGGGCUACGGUGCUGGCGGUACGGACCUCAAACCGAAAUGGAUUGGAGGGGUCUAUCUGGGCCCGGCUCGCUCCGUGCCCGGUGGACACAUGGUGUACACCGAUGAGGGCAACCUGUGGUUCACUACGAAUAUAUGUCAGUUCGAGGAGUGUGACCCAGGGACGGAUGGCGCUUCGGGACCCGCUUCCUCGCCACCUGAUCUACUACCAGCGCGACGUGUGAGGGGAAAAACAACGGCGGUGGAGCUAGCGAGUGGGGCUAGUCUACUACCAGGGGCAGCUGAUGGUGGUCCUCGGGAAGAUCCGGCUGUAGGGGCGCUGAGCUCCUUGAUUGGCUUGGCUAACUCGUCGGACUCGGAUGCAGAUGAUGAGUCGUGGUCUGUGGUUUCCAAUGGUCCCAGGCCAUGUGAACUAGAAGGUCAAGUUUCUUCCUCGCCAUCUACUACAAGCUCAAGGGGGCGAAACGGUUUUGCCGAGCGCUUUGCGAAGGAAAACCGCUAUUCCAUGGAGGAUUGCUUGAAGGUGUUGGAGUCGGAGCCCUUUGUCAAGACUAGAAAGCAGCGGGCUACUGCGUGGGGUGGCAAUGGUCCCCCUCCCAUCCACACCACUCUUGGUGCUUACCAACGAGGACCACAUGUAGGUGUGACGAACGCUACCGGCCGCCAUUCGGCCCUCUCCCACUACCUUGCUGAGUUUAUGAAGAAGUCUUGUGGUGAGAGCUGUGAGUUUACGUCGAUUACGGUGGCACGUGAUCUGUGUACUGAUGUGCAUUGUGAUCGGUUCAACAUGAGGAAUUCUACCAACUAUGUGCUGACGUUGGGAGAGUUCAAGGGAGGUGGCAUUUGGCAGCAGGGUUCCAACGCCGAGUUUGCCGACGUUGCGGUCGAGACUGCCUCGGGAGAUGUGCUCCAGGGCCACGUGAUCCCUGUUAAGGAUCGAGUCGUCAAGGUUGAUCCGAAGCGACUACACCGAACUAUGCCCUGGGAGGGUGGCCCGAAGUGGACUGUGAUAGCCCAUACCAUAGGGGCCCGGCGGAAUCUUGCAGAUUCUGAUGUGGAGACCUUGAAUGCUUUGGGGUUUCCGCUGUAUGCUCCCUCUGUGAAUGCCUUGGUUGAC